CACAUCAACCUCCUGCCACUUAACUUCAACUAAAUUCCAAGACCUUAUUAAACAUUUAGAUCGUGGCUUCUCCGGCCGUCGUCUCACUUUCAAAGACCCUUCCCAUUCUAUUUCUCCUUGCGUUCUCAUUCUCGUUCCUCCUCCUUCGAUCAUCAGUACGUGGACGGUCGUGAUGUUCUUGCUGAUUCUGCCCCCCCGGAAUGGGCUCUGCUUCUCAUUGGUUGCCUCCUUGGCCUCGCAUCCGGUCUCUGUGUCGCUUUUUUCAAUAAAGGGGUUCAUGUAAUUCAUGAAUGGGCGUGGGCUGGAACGCCCAAUGAAGGAGCGGCCUGGCUGCGGUUACAGAGACUAGCGGACACCUGGCACCGGAUUUUGUUAAUUCCGGUUACUGGCGGGGUGAUUGUUGGAAUGAUGCACGGUUUGAUUGAGAUAUUGAAUCAAAUAAAGCAGUCAAGUGAGAGGGCACAAGGGUUUGAUUUGAUUGCUGGAGUGUUCCCAACAAUUAAGGCAAUUCAGGCUGCUGUAACAUUAGGUACUGGUUGUUCUUUGGGGCCCGAGGGGCCUAGCGUUGACAUUGGAAAGUCAUGUGCUAAUGGCUUCUCAUUAAUGAUGGAAAACAAUAGAGAAAGAAGGAUAGCUCUUGUUGCAGCUGGUGCUGCGUCUGGGAUUGCUUCAGGUUUUAAUGCAGCUGUUGCGGGUUGUUUUUUUGCUAUUGAGACUGUUCUGAGGCCUCUACGUGCUGAAAACUCUCCUCCGUUUACGACUGCUAUGAUAAUUUUGGCCUCUGUUGUGUCAUCUACUAUAUCAACGGUUUUGCUUGGGACACAAUCGGCUUUCACAGUGCCCUCAUAUGAUUUGAAAUCAGCUGCUGAGCUACCUUUAUACCUGAUAUUGGGAAUGCUAUGUGGUGCUGUAAGUGUGGUCUUCACUCGCUUGGUUGCUUGGUUCACUAAGUUUUUUGACUUUAUCAAGGAAAAAUUUGGCCUUCCUCCUGUUGUGUGCCCUGCUUUAGGUGGUUUAGGAGCUGGAAUAAUUGCCCUUAAGUAUCCUGGAAUACUAUACUGGGGUUUCACAAAUGUUGAAGAAAUCCUUCAUACUGGGAAAAGUGCCUCAGCUCCUGGAAUCUGGUUGUUAUCUCAAUUAGCUGCCGCUAAAGUUGUGGCCACAGCUUUGUGCAAGGGGUCUGGGCUGGUGGGUGGCCUUUAUGCCCCAAGUUUGAUGAUUGGUGCUGCUGUCGGUGCUGUCUUUGGAGGUUCAGCUGCACAAGUUAUUAAUUCAGCAAUUCCAGGAAAUGCUGCUGUUGCACAACCACAGGCUUAUGCUCUGGUUGGAAUGGCUGCUACGUUAGCUUCUGUUUGUUCAGUACCCUUGACGUCAGUUUUAUUACUAUUUGAGCUGACAAGAGAUUACAGAAUAUUGCUCCCUCUCAUGGGAGCUGUUGGAUUGGCAAUAUGGGUUCCCUCAGUGACAAACCAAAAGGAGAGUGAACCAUCUGAUACUCGGACUUUGGCAAGAGGUUAUUCCUCUCUUUCACCUAUCGAAGAUAAAAAUGAAGCUAACUGGAGACGCAUGGAUGGCCCAGAUGACUUAGAACUCUCUGUCAUAGAAAAUGCCAACUGUGAAGCAAUAGAUGAAGAUACUCUUUUGGAGGAAUUGAAGGUUUCUAGGGCUAUGUCAAAGAACUUUGUAAAGGUUUCACAUUCUGUAACCUUGAAAGAAGCAAUAAAAUUUAUGCAUGAUGGACAACAGAAAUGCAUUCUUGUGGUUGACGAUGAAGAUUUUCUGGAGGGAAUACUGACGUACGGUGACAUUAGACGUUAUCUGUCCAAGAAGUCAAGUGAUGCUUCCUUGGGUGAUACAACUGCUUCAGAUGUGGAUACAUGCCUUGUUUCCUCGGUUUGUACUCGAGGGAUAAGUUAUCGAGGGCGAGCACGUGGACUUUUAACCUGUUAUCCACACACAGAUCUGGCAAUUGCUAAGGAGUUAAUGGAGGCUAAGGGGAUCAAGCAGUUACCUGUAGUCAAGCAUGCUAGAGAACCACAAAGAAGAAGGAAGCGGAGAAUUGCUGCCAUUCUUCAUUACGACUCAAUUUGGAACUUUCUAAGAGAGGAGAUAAAUCGCAGGAAAUCUGCGUAUCAGCAAAGUAACGACAAAAAUCUUGACGAGAUUAUCACAAAUGGCCAUUGAUGUGGGGAUACCUUUACUCCAACCUUAAAGCUCAAGUUGAUAGAGAGGAUUUUGGUGGUUGGUUGUGUUUAUUAUGGAAGUGGAUCUCCAUAGUCCCUUGAUAACAAAAUAUACAUACUCCAGUUUCUCAUUUCGGAUUAUGCUGAUAUCUCAGCUCGUCAUGUAGCAUAUACCCUUUGUACAUGUAAUUUUUCGAUUACAGUUCAAUAUCAGCUGUACAAUUUAGUGAAAAAGGAAAUGGCUAAUUAAGAAUUGAAAUCCAAAUUUUGUAUGCAAGAAAAUGUAUCGGUGACUCAUUCAUUUGCUCAAAUAACAAAGAAUGUCACAUUAAAUAA